CAAAUUUCACUUAAAGGUCGAAAAACAGAAACAGAUAGCACAAAAAUCAGUGGCGACAGUUACCCUUGGACUAUGCAGACCAAUAACAUGGACAAGAAAAAGAAGGAAGUGAUUCGGUUAGAGCGUGAAUCCGUGAUUCCCAUUCUGAAGCCGAAGCUCAUCAUGACUUUGGCCAACCUCAUUGAACUUAGGUCAGAUCGUGCUGAGUUUCUAAAGUUCUGCAAGAGAGUUGAGUACACAAUUCGAGCUUGGUAUCUUCUUCAGUUUGAGGAUUUGAUGCAACUAUACUCCCUCUUUGAUCCUGUACAUGGGGCUCAGAAAUUGCAGCAGCAGAAUUUAUCUUCUGAAGAAAUUGAUGUGCUUGAACAGAAUUUCUUGACAUAUUUAUUUCAGGUGAUGGAGAAGAGCAAUUUUAAAAUAGCUACAGAUGAUGAGAUUGAUGUUGCACUUUCAGGGCAAUAUCUUCUUAAUCUUCCCAUAACAGUUGAUGAAUCUAAGAUUGACCAGUCACUUCUGAAGAGAUAUUUUUCUGAGCAUCCCCAAGAAAACCUUCCAGAUUUUGCUGUUAAGUACAUUAUUUUCAGACGAGGGAUUGGAAUUGAUCGGACAACUGAUUACUUUUUCCUGGAGAAGGUGGACAUGAUCAUUGCACGUCUUUGGGCAUAUCUUUUAAGGCUAACUCGGUUGGACAAACUUUUGGCCAGAAGAUCAAGAAGACAGCAUAAGACUGAGCCAAAAAAGGAUGAUGAAAUCAACCCCGAAGCAGACAGUGAAGAUUUGUUUGUUGAGCGGAUCCGUCUUGAAAAUAUGGACCUAAGCAUCCCGAACUUGCUGAGCAAGACUACCAUCCAAGAACCUACUUUUGAUAGGAUAAUUGUUGUUUACAGGAGAGCAAGCACCGAAUCAAAUAAAGAACGAGGAGUAUAUGUAAAACAUUUCAAAAAUAUUCCAAUGGCAGAUCUAGAAAUAGUCCUUCCUGAAAAGAAAAAUCCGGGAUUAACUCCUAUGGACUGGGUCAAGUUCCUUGCCUCUGCUGUUGUGGGACUGGUUGCAGUGUUUGGUUCUCUUGAAAUGCCUAAAGCUGAUCUGUGGGUCAUUUUUGCCAUUUUGUCUACUGUGAUUGGUUACUGUGCUAAGACAUACUUCACGUUUCAAGCAAACAUGGCUGCAUAUCAGAAUUUAAUAACACAGUCCAUGUAUGACAAACAACUAGAUAGUGGAAGGGGAACUUUACUUCACUUGUGUGAUGAUGUGAUUCAACAGGAAGUGAAAGAGGUAAUCAUUUCAUUCUUCAUACUAAUGGAGCAAGGUAAAGCUACCAUGGAGGAUUUGGAUAUACGGUGUGAGGAACUAAUCAAAGAGGAGUUCGGGGAGAGCUGUAACUUUGAUGUGGAUGAUGCAGUUGAAAAGCUAGAGAAGUUGAAGAUUAUUUCUCGGGAUUCUAUCGGACGAUAUUACUGUGUUGGAUUGAAACGGGCUAAUGAGAUAAUUGGUGUGACCACUGAGGAGCUUGUGCUUAAGGCAAGACAGGGAUCUAUUUCAUCAGCUUAAUUCCUGCCUUGGUGACAAUUCCACCCAUAUGCACCUUUGCUUCAAGGUUUCAGAUGGAAGGCAUUGUCUUUUCUUUCCUUGCUGCUAGUUUUUUUCACUUGUGCAGAGUGUUAAUAGAAAUAAUUCCAUGGCAAACAUUCUUUUCCAUCUUCUUAGUUUCUCUUUCCAAACCCAUGUGAGUGUAACUUUUCAUGAUUUUUUUGUAUUCUGAAUGUAAUUUUUACUUGGUUGGGUUCGUUUUUUUCCAUAUUUUC